UAGGACUGAUCUUCACUUUGACAAUUCAGGAAUUCGUCGUCAUAGUUAUGAAUGUUCAUAUUCAUUUGUCCAAACUGCACUACAUUUUCGUAAGCUCUCAAAUGAAAUGCUAAAGGAUAUCGAAUUUUACACAAAAUCUGCAGAAGGUAUGGAUGCCAAGAUACAGUAUAAUCUUCUAAAAGUAAAAUAUUCGGCCAGCUAUAUUGAUAAGAAAGAUUUAUCCAAUGCUAUUCAAAAGUUCAAAAUUCUAUCAUGUGAAAAAACAAAAACAGAUACCACAAAAACUUUGCAACAAUUAAUAGCUUUAAAAGCAGUAGACCCCGGAUAG